AUGGCAUGGUCUGCACUGAUGCUGGCAGCUUGCCUCCUUGUGGUGGUACCCCCUAACGAUGCAGCCGACUGCCUGUCCCUGUGCUCCCUGUGUGCGGUGAGGACUCAGGAUGCACCCCAUUCCAUCAACCCCCUGAUUUGCUCCCUGGAGUGCCAGGACCUGGUGCCACCAUCAGAGGAGUGGGAGAGAUGCCAGCGCUUUUUGUCCGUCCUCGCCCUCUCUGCCUCUGGGCUCCGUGGCAAGGAUGAUCUGGGGAACGAGGUUGCUUUGGAAAAAGGCUACAGUGCACUGACCGAGUUCUUGGAGCCCCUCCUGAAGGAGCUGGAGAAAAGCCGAUUCCUCACCAGCGUCUCAGAGGAAAACCUCAGGGGUCUCUUAGACAGGUUUGGGGAUGGAAAAGAGUCUGAACUGGUGGGUGCUGACCGGAUGAACGAUGGAGCCACGGAGGCUGACACACAGCAUUUCAACGAGGAGGGCUUGAGGAAACAGGCCAAACGCUAUGGCGGCUUUUUGCGCAAAUACCCCAAGAGGAGCUCAGAGAUGGCUGGGGAUGAGGAUGGGGGCCAGGAUGGGGAUCCGGUAGGACAUGAGGACCUGUACAAACGCUAUGGGGGCUUCCUGCGGCGCAUUCGCCCCAAGCUGAAGUGGGACAACCAGAAGCGCUAUGGCGGCUUCCUUCGGCGUCAGUUCAAGGUGGUGACUCGGUCCCAGGAGAACCCCAAUACCUACUCUGAAGAUUUAGAUGUUUGA